AUGGCUUCCAACGGUGCUACAGACCCCACUGCGGCUGCCGAGGCUGGCGCUGCCCAGACCGAUUUCAAGGGCAAGGGCAAGAGCACCGAGCAGCCAGUUGAUGAUACCUCUAUGGUCGAGGACGAUGAUGAUGAUGACGAUGAGGAGGAGGUCGAGGAGGAGGCCGAAGUUGAGGAGGAUGGCAUGGAGGAGAUCGACCUCGAGAACGUCAUUGGCCGUCGCACCCGCGGCAAGGUCAUCGACUUCGCCAAGGCCGCCGAGGAGAACCCUCCCGAGGGUGACGACGACGAGGAGGACGAUGACGACUUCGAGGCUCCGGAUGAGGAGAUGAAGGACGCCUAA